AUGUCCAACAAACUCUUUGGCUCCAAGCAACAUCAAUCCUCUCCACCAGCUGCCUUCUGCUACAAGGGCCCACAAAACGCUGAGAAUAUUCCUCCAACAAACAUUCUCAGCCCAACUAAAAGCACCACCUACAGCAACACUCCUCAAAAAGUAUCAACUCCAAGAAAGAUGCUUGCCAACAUGAAGGCCAAAGUUCUCCGUAAAUCCAAUGCUGUCCACUUUGAGAAUGAUGCUGCAAGCACCUCCUCAGGAUCAUCCAAUGGUGAUGAACAAGCGAAUCAACACGUGAUGUCGUCCACACCAAAGAAAUCGAGUGGUGUCAGUGAAUCCUUCGAUGAUGACUACGAUGCAAGAGAAGACAAACCACAAGAGUCUCCAGAAGCCAUUCGUGUUUCCAUGAAUGACUCUCAACACAAAACUGUACAAAUUGAAAAGAAGAUUCUGAAGAAGGCCCUCCCAAAGCCAUCAUCCACCAGUACUGAACAAGAUCUUCCAACCUCUCCAUCCGAUACCAACCACGAAGAGGUGCAUAAGGAUCUCUCCUCCCUCUCAGAUCAAUUGAAUUCCUGUGUUUUUGAUAAGCAAUUCAGUGACUUUGUCAUUCAAUGUGGACCUUCUCUCUCCACCAAGUAUUAUGCACACCGAGUCAUUCUGGCCUCUCGUUCGAGUUAUUUCAGAGCCUUACUGAGCAAUACGUCAAGCUCUCUCUACACUUCACAACAACGUUAUUCAUGGGAACGUGAAGACAUUCAUCCAGAAGUAUUCGGUAAGGUAUUGGAAUACUUGUAUACUGGUCAAGUGAGAUUGCGAUUGGACAAUGUUCUCGACAUCUUUGUUCAAUCCGAAGAAUUUGGUAUUCCAUGCCUCAAGAGAUUGUGUGAGUUGUAUCUCAUUGAACAUGGCGACUAUGAGAAUAUGGCCCUAUUGUUGGAGAUGGCCAUUGAGAAUAAGGCUCUCGAUCUCGUCAAGCACUGCUACCAAUACAUUGAUAAGAACAUCAAGAUGGUUCUCAAAUCGGAUUCGAUCAAACACGUCAAGAUGAACACGAUCAUUCAGAUCAUCUCUCGAGACUCUCUUCAAUUGGAACCUUUGGAGGAAGUUUUAGUGUUUGAGUCUGUUCAAAAGUGGUGUGAGUUGAGAAAGCAUUUGCCAUUCGAGGCAUCGAGCAUUGCAAAGGUCAUUGAGCAUGUGAGAUAUCCAUUGAUGAGUUCGGAUCAAUUGGCAACUGUGGUUGAGCCAUCCAAUUUGGUCCCUCAACAUCCAUUGUUGUUUGAGGCUUACAAGUAUCACUUGGUUCCAGAGAAGAAUAAUCAGGCUCCACGAUUCAGAACAAGAGCUGCCAAGCAACAAUAA